UCUGUGCAAGGACGAAGAGCAAAGUCCAGAAGUCCUCUGUAAGUUGCUGAGCAUGUCUUUUGCGAUGGUGCGACCAACCCCAGGUCAUUUCUUGUGCUCUGAGAUCAGCAUGCACUCCGAGGACGACGACAAUGGCAGUGAAGGUUCUGGAUCUGACGACAAGUCCUUCCGUAUGGCCAGCCGCAGCUAUAGCACCCUUAAGUUAGGUGCUCGUAAACAGAGGUAUGGCUGCCAACCGGUAGCGGCUCCCAGUGAGCUCCGUCCUCAGAUUGUCGAGAUCCGCCAGCGGAACACUGCAAAUGCUCGAGAGCGGGAUCGCACGAACAGUGUGAACACGGCAUUCACUGCCCUGAGGACGUUGAUACCUACCGAACCGGCCGACAGGAAGCUGUCCAAGAUUGAGACGCUGCGGUUGGCCUCCAGCUACAUCUCGCACCUAGGGAACAUGCUGCUGGUUGGAGAGGAGUGUGGAGAUGGCCAGCCUUGUCUUAGCAGCUCCGAAGCCUUGUAUCAUCGUCUUCACAACCUUCCAAAGAGCUUGACUCCCAGCCCGGACUCAGAAAACUCUCAGCCCAGACAGAUCUGCACCUUCUGCCUCAGUAACCAGAGACGGCUGAACAAAGACAGAGAAAGAAAAGCUGUGUUAAGAAGUUAAUGAUGAGGAGUAGAGAGAGUAAAAGAGCGUCCCCAUCGCAUCUGUCUGAAGAAACGCGCCGGAGUGAAUUGAACAUUUACUGUAAAUUUACUGUAAAUAAGCUGUUUAAUUGAAUGCAGCAAUGCUUAACCAAGUUACA